CUGUAUAUACCGAUGUCUAGGUGGCCAUUAGCUUCGUGAAACAGCCCGCAGCAGCUGCUGUUUGUCCACACAGUGUAUCGAUAACCGGUGCAAUCGAUGGACGCAGGAUAAAACAGGUUAGGUGAAUCAAAUGCAGAACAGACGGGGUAGAAUGUUGAAGCUGCUUGUGAAGAAACGAGGUUUUUUGAAACUGGGAAUUUAAACUGGGGUCCACUGGAAUUUUACAGAUCUUUAAGUUAUCUGCAGAGGAUUUAAGGCUGGAAGGUGAGGAGGACAGUUUGUUCCAGCACCUGAUUCGCUCUUGGAUCUCUAAAGAUACAUUUGUAGACAGGGUUUCAGGAAGGGACUAAUGAUAGGAUGCUGCAGUUAGCUGGAGUGGGAUUGAACCCCACCUGAACUCUUCCUGUCCUUUUGAUCUCCUCUUUCCCACAAUGUCCUGCCCUUGCCGUGGGAAGCUGAAGCUCUUGGUUGCCACGGUGACGUUUGUCGUCCUUAUCACUUGGCUCUACCUGUUUGUGGGCAAUUUAGAGAACAGCUGGUCCCUGUUGCUGUCCCCGUGUUUGGGUGAGCAGUCAGAGCGCUAUCUGGACCACGACGUCCUCGAUGCACGCGUCCGGGAAGUGCAGGAAGAGAACCGCCAACUGCGCUUUCAGAUCAGCCAAUCCCAGGGCAGCAAUCAGGAUGGAAACUACGGCCACCAGCAGUGGGCAGCGUCCGCAGACACGGGCGCAGAGGACGGGGAGAACACUGCAGAGGAACGGGGCAAUCACACGGACUGCGUGAAACGGCCCAUGGUGGAAAAGUGUGAGCUCCUCCAUGUUGCAUGUGUGUGUGCUGGCCACAAUGCCAGCCGUGACGUGGUCACCCUUGUGAAGUCCAUCCUGUUCCACAGGAAGAAUCCCCUGCAUUUCCAUUUCAUCACAGAUGCAGUAGCUCAUGAGAUCCUCAGCUCUCUCUUUCAGUCCUGGAUGGUACCCUCUGUGCAAGUCAGCUUCUAUGAUGCAGAUAAACUCAAGUCUGAAGUUGCUUGGAUUCCCAAUAAGCAUUACUCAGGGAUAUAUGGACUGAUGAAACUGACCUUGACCAAAGCGCUACCCUCUGACCUCACAAAGGUCAUUGUCCUGGAUACAGACAUCACCUUUGCCACUGAUAUUGCAGAGCUGUGGACCAUCUUUAGAAAAUUCACAGACAAACAGGCCAUUGGUCUGGUAGAAAACCAAAGUGACUGGUACCUGGGAAACCUGUGGAAGAAUCACAAGCCCUGGCCAGCCCUAGGGAGGGGUUUUAAUACAGGUGUGAUCCUGCUGUUGCUGGAAAGGCUGCGCCAGAUUGGCUGGGAGCAGAUGUGGAGACUGACUGCAGAGAGGGAGCUGAUGAGCAUGCUCUCCACCUCGCUGGCUGACCAGGAUAUUUUCAAUGCUGUUAUCAAGCAGAACCCUGUCCUGGUUCACCAGCUGCCCUGUUUCUGGAAUGUGCAGCUGUCUGACCACACCCGCUCGGAGCAGUGCUACACAGAGGUGUCAGACCUCAAGGUGAUCCACUGGAACUCUCCUAAGAAGCUGCGCGUGAAGAACAAGCACGUGGAGUUCUUCAGGAACCUGUAUCUGACCUUCCUGGAGUACGACGGCAAUCUGCUCCGGAGAGAACUCUUCGGUUGCCCCAGCCAGCCCAGCACUGGGAGCAUUAAGUUACAGGGAGCCCUGGAGGAGCUGGACGAGGAUGACCAGUGUUACGAUUUCCGCCGGGAGAGGAUCACCAUGCACCGGGUUCACCUCUACUUCCUGCAGUACGAGUACACCGAGACACAGGGCGGGGCAGACGUCACGCUGGUGGCCCAACUCUCCAUGGACAGGUUACAGAUGUUGGAAGCCAUCUGCAAACACUGGGAAGGGCCCAUCAGCUUGGCCCUGUACAUGUCGGAUGCCGAGGCCCAGCAGUUCCUGCGCUACGCCCAGGCCUCGGAGGUGCUGAAGAGCCGCAAGAACGUCGGCUACCACGUCGUCUACAAGGAGGGCCAGUUCUACCCUGUCAACCUGCUGAGGAACAUCGCGCUGAGAAACGCCAACACUCCCUACGUCUUUCUGGCAGACGUGGACUUCCUACCAAUGUACGGCCUCUAUGAUUACCUCAGAAAAUCCAUUAUCCAGCUGGACAUGGCCCACACAAAGAAAGCCCUGAUCGUCCCAGCUUUUGAAACCCUGCGAUAUCGCCUCUCUUUCCCCAAAUCCAAAGCAGAGCUUCUCUCCAUGCUGGACAUGGGGACCCUCUAUACUUUCAGGUACCACGUGUGGACCAAGGGCCAUGCCCCAACUGACUAUGCCAAGUGGAGAACAGCAACCACCCCCUAUAAAGUGGAGUGGGAGUCAGACUUUGAGCCUUACGUUGUAGUGGGGCGUGACUGUCCAGAGUACGAUCAGAGGUUUGUUGGUUUUGGCUGGAACAAAGUAUCUCACAUCAUGGAACUUGAUGCACAGGAGUAUGAUCUGGUGGUGUUGCCCAAUGCCUUUGUGAUCCACAUGCCUCAUGCCCCGAGCUUCGAUAUCUCCAAGUUCAGAUCCAGCUCCGGCUACAGGAAUUGUCUGCAAACCCUGAAGGAUGAGUUUCACCAGGAUCUAUCCCGCAAGUACGGCUCAGCAGCCUUGAAAUACCUCACUGCGGAAAGAAACAUGUAGGAGAUCUACCCCAACCCUCUGCUAGCCAACUACCAUCCUGGGAUUGAUGCCUGCUGAAGAGCUAGGGGAUAUCACAGUGCAAAUUCACUACAUCCGAAGAGCACUACUGUAUAGGGGGUUUCAAGUGGGUACUGCUGUGGAUGCACAGAAAGAGUAACGUGGCGGGGAAAGAUGACAUUUCAAUAUUUGUACAACAGGAACUAUUACGAAUGUAUAUUCCCAGGCUUUUUUUUUCUAUUUGUAUUAUUAUUAUAAAUUGGUCCUGGCAAUUUCGCAAACUUUAUACAGCACAUACAAAGGUAAAAGGAUUACAAAAAUGUGGGCAAUGGGAUUUAAGUUGGUGACCAUUUGCUCGUCAAAGUUAUUUCAACAACUGUGGGAUUUAAAAAAAAAAAAAAAAAAAAAAAAAAAAAUUGCUUUAAAAUGAAAGAACAAUCAGUUUUUUUUUUGUUGGUUUUUUUUUUUUUUAGAGGGCAGGUGAUUCUGUCCAAGUGGGUGAUUUUUGUUAUAUAUAGAGAGUUUUACUGGCACCAAACAUUUAUGAAAAUUAGACACAAUAGACAACAUUGUUGACCGAGAUCAAUGAAGAUGUAUAACACCUCUGGAUGUUAUUUCUGCUCUGGAGAAAGAAGCUUUUAAUCAACAGGUAACCGUGACUCUAA